UCAGAGUUAGUAAUCAUUACCCGGAAAUAUGCAAAGAUUGCCUUUUUCCUAUCUCAAAAGUAUCUAAUUGAUCGUAUUUGAAAUAAAAUCACCUGCAAUAAUAAUUUUUGUCGUAUUUUUGAAUAACGAUAUUCAUCGUAAUACAGAAAGAUUUUAGUACGCAAAUAACAAAUAGCGUAGCAAGAAUACUACCGUGUAGAUAGUACACAACUGGCUACCACAGUUCACUUUGUGUUACAAUGUAUGAUGGUACUUUUGUUUUAUUUCAUAGAUCGUGAACUCUUGUCUGAAGCUUUGUUUACAGUUAUCAGCAGAAUACACAAAUACACCGAAUGAUCCAAACACCGUCAAUUAAUCGUAAUUCAUCAAUUAAAACAUCACUUUCAACGCUCAACGUCUUAAAACAAGUUGUCGAAUCAGAAGAAUGGUGUGAUCUAAAGUAACUCCUUUGGUUCUAACAGGAUGGUAGAAGCCUGGUUGAUUUAAUAAUAGGAAAAUUAUUUAAUCUCUGUAAAUUCUCUGGUAAUAACACUGUGGUUUUAAAUACAACUUUGAGGGUUCUAAAGGCUUUUCGUGAGGAAGCACUCAAAUUCCAAAUGGGAGAAAAUGCUGACUUUGAGGAGAAUUUGACAAAUCGUCUUUUUGCUGUAGGAAAUGAAGCCUAUGAAACAGUUUCUCGUGACGAUAUUUUAGAACCGAUCGCUAGCACACUAGAUGAUCUGGCACUUGAGAUAAAAUCCUGCCUAACAAACUUGAGUGACUUAUCUCUAGAUUUUAUCCACUCCGACGAACUUAUAAUGACUUCAGGAUAUUCCAAGGCAGUUUACCACUUUCUUCGUCACGCAGCGAAGAAAGGAAGAAACUUUAAAGUUAUAGUAUGUGAAUGUUAUCCGGACAACUUGGGACACAAACUAGCUGAAGAACUAUCAAAGGAUAGUGUCGAUGUCAUUUUAGUCCCCGAUAGCCAUGUCUUCGGUUUGAUGUCUCGAAUAAAUAAAGUAAUUGUUAGCUGCCAGGCCGUGUAUCCUGAUGGGACGUUAAAAGCUACAGUGGGGACCUAUGGUGUUAUGCUUGCAGCCAAAAGCUUUUCGAUUCCGAUCUACGUUUGUUUACUGCAUCACAAACUUUCUCCUAUUCCAUUCAAGCACGCUUCCCGAUCAACACCAUCUUUCUCUGUACAACCUACUGCUAAUCCUAGUGACACUUCACCAGAUUGGUUGGACAGCCCAUCAGUUAUUCUACCUCCAAACGAGCCCAAACUAAUUGACGAAGGAUUAGUUUAUCAUCAGCCUAGUGAUGGUCCAGUUGUGUGGGUCCCGAAAUGGGAAAUUAUACCUUCAGGUCUUGUCAAUUUAUUUUUGACAAAUCUUGGCACUCAUGCACCAUCUUAUUUAUACGCUCUUGGACGAGAAUUGUUUCAUUCUGCAGAUAUUAAGACAAUCAUGACAUGGGAUCUAUAGUUCAUGUAAUUCGUGUAAAAUAUUUUUAAAAGUAUUCUUCCGAAUAACUAGAUAUGAUUUAUUUAUCGAAUUGCCUCAUAUAAUGAUAACAUUUACCGAUAUUCAUUCAGUUAAAGGAUAGCCUACAAGAAGUUCAAUUGUCCAUGUGUAUAAUUCAUUACUAAGACAAGGUUUAAGACCAUUUUUAAUCACUUUGACUUGUGUACUUACACUGUCUUUCAAUAUGAGUUCAAUUUGGACAUAUCA